AUGCACCAACACGGCAGCCUUCUGGACCUCCCUCCGCGUCACAGCAAACCAAAUCCCUACCCUAAAAUACCCCAUCAAUCCACCCAUCCAUACACCUCCCCUCGGCCUACCGCGUCCUCGCUACCAACCCGCCGGGCCACGCCCACGCCACAACCAGCACCCCCACGCCCACAGCAUACAAGCACGGCAGCACCCCCAGCCCAGCUCAAUCAAUCAAACAAACACAUUCCAUUCCCAAGCCACCAGCAGCCCCCAGCGCACUGCAAGCCCAAAGCCCACGGCCACCAGCCAGCCAGCCCCGGCAACCCGGCACGCCUGUGGCGCCACGAGCCCGCUACGUUCGACGUUGCUGCGCACCCGGCCCAGCGCGGCAUAGUCGUCGAGCGCGGAGCCCCCGCUUGCGGCUCUGCCGGCGCCGGCGCGGCCGCGACGGUCCUUGCCGCGGCGUGCGUGCCGCGCCUGUACUACUGGCUGGCUAGCUCGUCGGGUGAGGGAGCUGCAGCUGGUGAAGAUACUGGAUGGGGAAAGAGAGGAGGAGAAUGGAGGAAAGGAUACCUAGAGCAGGGGUCCUACCUAUGA